GCUUGCGUGUUUAGCUUUUCAUUUCCUUUUUUGUGUCUCAGUUGAUCUCUAGAGAUUCAACAUGACCAUCUCUAUAAGAAUAGUCGAUAUAGAUCACUACCUGCAAAGACCGUGCUUUUUAGAUCGCGCUUAUUCUCCCUUCUGUGACAACCCUCUGUCAAGAGUACCUGUUAUUAGAAUAUUUGGAUCUACCGAUGCAGGUCAGAAAGCAUGUGUUCAUAUUCAUCAGAUCUACCCUUAUUUCUUUGUUCCUUAUACUAUAUCCCAAGGAUACACUCUAGAGGAUAUCCAAAAGAGCAUCUUUCAAUUUGGAACCUGUCUCAACCAAGCCUUUGACCAGUCAAUCAAACCUAGUCCUGACAAGAAAAAUCAGCAUAUUGCUGCCAUUGUCCUUGUGAAGGGUGUACCAUUCUAUGGGUACCACACUGGAUACCAGACGUUUUUAAAGAUAUACAUUAUAGACCCAUCUGAAAAGCAGCAGAUGAUCGAUAUACUUCAAUCACAAGCCAUCAUGGGGACUCACUUUCAGCCCUUUGAGUCCCAUAUCCCGUUUGAGCUUCAGUUCUUAAUGGAUCAUAACCUCCAUGGUAUGGAUUGGAUGCAUUUAGAUACAGAUACCGUUGGCAGACAUGCAGAGAUCGGUCUUCGUUUCCGUUUGCCUUUGGUUGAUACACCCAAGUCAGAGCACAAUAAAUCUCAGGCGUCAGGGUCAACUUCUAUGACAGAGGUGCAUGAUAAAUUAGUUUAUACAUCAGAAACUGUACCUGUCAUGUUACAGUCAGAUGCUCUUGCUCGAGAAAGUUAUUGCGAAUUGGAAAUUGAUGCUACCAGUAUGUGCAUCCUGAACCGGUUAGAUCUCACCGAGAGAGAUAUUCAUGCUGAUUUGAGCUACGAGAUGAAGUUACAGAAACACGAUUUACUCAACCCUGAUGAAGUGGCCAAAAGGAAACUCGUGAAAUCACUAGAAACCAUAUGGAAGGACGAAGCUAAGCGUCGUAGGGCAAAGGGGAAUACAGAACCUUUGUGGUCAGUAUCCCAAACAGAUGACCAGCGUGUGCCAUCCAGCGUGCCUUGGACUUCAGAACCUUCGUUAAGAAGCAUUUUGAACAAAAUGAUUGAGAGAUCAGGCACUGAAGCCCACACGAAUAGAGAUCCCAUCUUAUUAAAUGAUGUUAUGACUGUAUUUCAAUCUGUUGAAUCUCUGUAUCCACAAGAAUACUAUCAGCUCAAAAGAGGUACUACAAAUCAACACGUUGCUACUCCCCAAGAAAAAGAAAUGAACCAAUUUAGCGUUAUCUCUGAUCCUUCUCGAUAUAAAGCAUGGAUAACACAAAACUAUGUGGACACAAACCUUAUUGACUCCUAUCUCGAAAGUAAAGCAAAAAAUGAUGACGAAGAACAACAUUUUGACUUGGACCACGAAGAAACUGACCAGCAGAUCUUGGAUAAUGAUGUCUUUGACAAUGGUGAUUAUAUUUUAAAAGAAAGUGAUAUUGCGAAAUGGAUAGAAGAAUCCGAAAAGAGAGAAGGUUCAUCAAGGCCUGUGGUGAGUAUAGAAUACGAAGAUGAUGACGAUAAUAUACGUCAAGAUAUGAUAUCACAAGUAGGACAAAAACGAAAGCUUGAGUUAGAAGAAAACGAUGCACAGUAUACUGAAGAUGGACCAUUCCAAAUAAGCAAUAUACUUCCUGAUACCAUGUCGCGUCCAAAUCGGUUUUUACGAAAGCUUCGAAUCAGUCAAUUAGAUGGUACAAAGGAUACAGACGAAUCAACAAGUAACGUGCGCUCAAUAUCGGCAAAGGAGCAAUGGGAACAAGAAAAGAAAUUGUUGAAAAAGAUGAAGACAAGAAAGAGAAAAAUGCCUGAAAAUGACAAUGAGACAAUUGUAUCUGUAGUUAUUAAAGAAAGUCCCAUAUUCAACAGGAGAAGAAAAAGAAAACAAAAGGUAUCAAACCAGCAACAUGCCACAACUGAGGGUGAAUCACAAAAAGAUAUACCUCAGGAUGGCAGUGGCAGCCAAGAAAAUAGUACAAUAUUAUCAAACUCCCAUUAUGGUGUCAGUCAAUCUAUUUUAAGUAAUAGUGAGCCGCUACUUAGCUCGCAGCAGGAGCGAGUGGCUGUAGAGCAUACAUAUAAAAAAGAUGUGGUGAAAGGAGAUGAUAGUAGUCCAGGACUAAUAGACAUGAGUGAUAUUCUUGAUAAGCAAACGCUUAGCAAGUUUUUUUUGAGCAAGCUUAAUUAUAUAUGGUCACCAAAAGAAGAUUUUGAAAACCAUGCACUCUUGCAUGAAUCAUUACCUACAGCCCAAGACAAACCAUGCAAUGCAAAGCAACUCUUGUCUAUAUCAUCAGGAUCUGAUAUCGUUGAGAAACAGCAGGCAGUGCAUGUAACAAAUGAUAUUGAACAGGAUGACAACGUAGACUACGACUGGGAAAGAUACUUUCAAAGAAGUGAAAAUGCAUCAAGUAGCAGAAAACGUGCCAAAGUCACUCAAAUAGCACACAAGCCUGCACAAAUGGAAUUUGUCUAUGUUCAUACACCACCAACCAUAACAGAGGAAGAUCCAAUAAUGAAAAAUAUACCCAACGUCAUAUACAAAGAGCCAUUCUAUAGCAAAUCGUCUGACGUACCAACAUACCCAACUUCAUUUAAUGGACAGGAAUUCAAAUUGAAAUGCAAUACAAUAAAUAGCUUAAAGGAGUUCAAGAAUAGAUAUUUUCACAUGCGGCAAAAGAGAGAUGAAGCCUCUAAAGUUACUAUCCGUCAUUGGACUCCAACUAAUCCUCCGCCCAGCUUUAAAGAAGUGCAAGCGUGGCUAGAAGAUGAGAAAGUGUGUAAAAAGCUUAAAAUUACAUACGAAGGAUCACAGCUUGAUGGCCCUUCACUUGAUGGACCAUUUGACUUUAAAUACAGCGCCAGUAAGCCUGUAGCCAAAACUACGUAUAUCAAGAACAACAUAGAUUAUUUUAGCUUGGAAAUACACGCUAAUACCAGAGCCGACUUAUUGCCAGACCCAGAGCAAGAUGCAGUUUCUGUUAUAUUCUAUUGUCUGAAAACUGAAGGUUUAAACGUUCCAACGAAUGGCUAUCAGCGAGGCUAUCACCUUGGUAUCAUAUGUUUAAACGACUUUAUUGUAACAAAAAUUGGAAUUGCUACAACACGUGCUGACAUAAAUUAUGCAGAAACAGAAGAGGAACUAUUUUCUAUUCUAAUCGAAAAGGUCAGGCUCUAUGACCCUGAUAUGUUGGUUGGUUAUGAAGUCCAGAAUUCAUCAUGGGGUUACCUUAUCGAACGAGGAACUCAUUUAGGAAUCAAUGUUGUAAACGAAUUAUCAAAAGUGAUUAGCUAUCCUUCCAACAGUGUCCGCAAAGAUGAUUGGGGAUAUAAGAAGGCAUCAAUGUAUAAGAUAUGUGGAAGGCAUAUGCUUAACGUUUGGCGAUUGAUGAGAAGCGAACUUGCGUUGACGAGUUAUACACUCGAAAACAUUGCAUAUAGCUUGCUACACGAGAGAGUACCUCACUUUUCCCAUGCAACGUUGACAGCAUGGUAUCGACAUGGACCAGCUGUUUUAAGACAUCGGUUAUUCAAGUAUUACAUGAAGCGAGUGCAAAUGAACCUGGAUAUACUAGAUGUGUCUCAGGUCAUCAGCCGCACUUGUGAAUCUGCCAGAGUUUUCGGUGUCAAUUUCUAUUCAGUUCUUACAAGAGGAUCCCAAUUCAAGGUUGAAUCAAUCAUGCUUCGCAUUUCAAAGCCUGAGAACUUUCUAAUGAUUUCUCCAAGCAGAAAACAGGUUGGCUCCCAGCGCUCGCUUGAAUGUUUACCACUCAUUAUGGAACCUAUUUCAAAGUUUUACAACAGUCCGAUGGCUGUCCUAGACUUUCAAAGCCUGUAUCCCUCGAUUAUUAUUGCUUAUAAUUAUUGUUAUUCCACGUGUUUAGGCCGUAUUCGAAAACCUGGAGAAUCUUCGCGAUUUGGCGUUUUGGACUCAUUUGACUUACCUAAUGGGCUAUUGAAUUCCUUAAAAGACUACAUUAAUAUAUCUCCUAACGGGGUAAUGUUUGUAAAGCCUGAAGUUCGAAAGAGUUUACUUGCUAAAAUGCUUCAAGAGCUCUUAGACACAAGAGUCAUGGUUAAAAAAUCGAUGAAAGAGCACAAGGAUGAUUCUGGUCUUUUGAGAUCUCUUGAUGCAAAACAAUUGACAUUGAAGUUUAUUGCAAAUGUUACCUAUGGUUAUACCUCUGCUUCGUUCUCUGGAAGAAUGCCUUCUGUUGAUAUUGCCGAUAGUAUUGUUCAAACAGGACGAGAAACUUUAGAGAGAGCUAUUGAUCUUAUUCAUAGUACAGAGAAAUGGGGCGCACAGGUUGUGUAUGGAGACACAGAUAGCGUCUUUGUUUAUUUCCCUGGAAAAACUAUUGAAGAAGCCUUUGCACUAGGAAAUGAAAUUGGAAAUACGAUUACCAAAAUGAACCCUGCGCCUAUAAAACUAAAAUUUGAAAAGAUUUAUCAUCCUGCUGUUCUUUUGGCAAAAAAGAGAUAUGUCGGCUUCAAGUAUGAAAGUCCUGAAGUGGCUGAACCAGUUUUUGAAGCAAAAGGCAUAGAGACUGUCAGAAGAGAUCACACAUCAGCUACCCAAAAGAUAUUGGAGUCUAGCUUAAAGAUUUUAUUUAGAACACAAGAUAUGUCUGAGCUGAAACAGUAUCUUUAUAGACAAUGGACUAAAAUCUUAUUGGGUCGAGUACGACUACAAGACUUUAUUAUUGCAAAAGAAGUUCGUAUGGGUACCUAUGCUAGUCGAGAUGGACCGAAUGGGGCAAUCGUCGCUCAAACAAGAAUGAAUAAAGACAUACGGUCCGAGCCACAAUAUGGAGAGCGUGUCUCUUAUGUUGUCGUUUGUAAAGGCCCUGGAGCAAAGCUUAAAGAAGAAGUGGUUAGUCCAGAAACAGUAUUAAAUAACAGUCACUUACGACUAAACGCCGAGUAUUAUAUACGUAAACAGAUCAUUGCACCAAUAAGUAGAAUCUUUAACAUAAUAGGAGUUGAUAUUUUAUCCUGGUAUGAAAACAUGCCUCGUGUACAAAGUGGGGCUUUUGGAGGUCUAAAUAGCUUUGCGGAACAUGAGCAUGGAAAAUUGAGGUUUAUUGAUCAAUACUACUCACGCCAUCAUUGCGUUGUCUGCCAUAAAUCAACAGACCAAGGGACGCAUAUAACGGAUGGCGCUAUGCGACUAGUAGCAACAAAUAUAAUUGUGUGUGAAACAUGUGCAAAAGAGCCUCAAAAGGUGAUUUAUACCCUUACCUGUCGACAAACAUCAGCGCAGCGCAAGCUAAGGAAUAUACUAAGUACAUGCCAAAAAUGUACUGGGUUGUCGCCACUUGACUGUAAAACAUCAAACAAUCAAUCUGGAUCACAAUGUGAAGAUGUUCCGUGUGUUUCCUUGAAUUGUCCUAUUUAUUAUGAAAGAUUGACAGCAAAGAAAGAUGCUCAAGCAUUGUUAAGCUAUAAUAAGCUGCUUGAUGAUUUGUCAUUUUCAUGACAUAUCAUUGAAUAUGCAGCCAAUAGAUAAUCUUGCUCCCUAUUUAGCGCGAAAUUAGAUGGUUUAGCUCGUUUGCAAAGGCCAUAUACAGAGUUAUGAAAAUAAAUCCACCUGUUUGUAUUUCGGAAAUAUC